AUGUCGUCGCCAGUUAGAUUCCUAAUAGGCAGAGAUUCUUCGUUGCUCACGAUUCAACAGCUCAUCGACUUGAAAUGCGGUCCCGGAGCCGCGAUCCUCCCCCCGGAGGUCACCCGAAUACACAUGGACUUCGCCUUCAGGCUGAAUAACGGCCACAUGGGACCCAAGAAGUUCUGGAAGGAAAUCCUGCCUCGAAUCAAGUACCACAACCCCUCGGUCCCCAUGAUCGUCAACCGCCACACCAACAACGAGCGGCCACCCAUCAUGACCAUCUACCUGCGCAAACCCGACGCUUCUCCCACUUCCGACCCAGCACCCGUCCAGCCCGCAUCAUCAUGGGCUGAUCUCUCCAAAGCCACCCCUCCUGCUGCGGAUGAGCGCGUUGUUACGAUUGAUAUGAAGAACAAGCAUUCCUCGACAAUCUUGGAGUUCUUCCUUGCAGAGACGAGAGCUUUAACUAUCGCACCAACGAAGGAAGAGAUUGAAGAGAUACAGUCGUUGAAGGCCCUCAAGAAGGAGUCUCAGGUAUCUCGUGCUCGUGUCCUGGCCGAUAGAAUGGCCAAGAAGAGAGAGGAAGACAUGCUGAAGCGGGCGCGAGCCGCGGGAGGCUUGGCUGAAGCGGAAUAA